GACCGCGAUCUCUUGGUUCAUUUUCCCUCGUGUUUUGGGGGUUGUUGGCAACCAUGUGGCCCCCCGUUGAGCCACAGAUAUUUUGAAGAAGCGGACGAUAAGAUUUGAUGAACUACAGUGAUGAAAACGGAGAGUGUUAACUCAAACCUUCAUCGCUGGGAGAAGAAGCAAAGAAAGAAGCAAUGUCUCUUGCGAAGAAGGCGUUUGAGAAGUAUGUUUCGCAGCUUUACCAGCAUCCUUUGAGAACCAAGGUAAUCACUUCAGGAGUAUUGAUUGCGAUAAGCGAUGUGACUUCCCAGAAGCUUACUGGCAUACAGAAACUUCAGUUGAGACGAAUUCUUCUCAAAGUGCUUUAUGGAUGUCUUUACCUUGGACCAUUUGGCCAUUUUCUUCACCAAAUACUUGAAAAGAUCUUCCAGGGGAAAAGAGACUCAAAAACAGUUGCCAAGAAGGUGCUGGUGGAACAGCUGACAUCCUCUCCUUUGAGCCACUUUGUCUUCUUGGUUUAUUACGGACUGAUAAUUGAAAGAAGGCCUUGGGUCGUGGUAAAGGCUAAGGUUAAAAAGGAAUUCCCGUCAGUUCAGCUAACUGCAUGGAUGUUCUGGCCAUUUGUUGGUUGGAUAAAUCACCAGUACGUACCACUUCAGUUGCGUGUCAUUUUCCAUAGCCUGGUUGCAUUCGUUUGGGGAAUAUUUUUGAAUCUUCGAGCCAAAUCCUUGACGGUGAACAAAUCUUAGGGGAGUUUAGGAUAUAUAUGAAUUGUCCAUGGCAGGUGAAAUCCAUGCUCCUUCUUAGUACUUAUGUAAGCAUUUCUCCCCAGUGCCAGAACUUGAUUGUUGAACUAAAUGCAUCUGCCAAUCAUCACCCUCUUGUUUACCUUUACCCAGGAAAUAGAAAUUCGAAGACGAUUAUGAUUGAGACGGUCGAUUUCGAUGAUAAUCAUGUAUAUAAUGAUUAUCUUAAACCAACUCGAUAUCAAACAAGAUAAAAAUGACAUACUUGUAGUAUAGUAUCUACCAAACAGAUAUGAACGAAGAUGAUAAUUUGAUAUU